CCGUGAGUAAGAAUGUAUUCAAAUAGACCACCAUCGUCAAAGAAUUCGCGAAUAUAUCUGAUACUACACAUGGACGCGCGUACUUCCCCUUUUCCCUUCUCCCUUCCGCCUAUCCCUUAGCCUAACCACCAGCGUUACAUUCCUUUUCUUAUCCCAUUCUCAUUCUUGGAUUCUCGGAAGAAACCUUGGGUUGCAAUUUUCUCUCGUUUUGAUAUAUAACAGCAUCAUAUUUCCCCACUUACUCUCAGCUUGACGCUAGAGGCUAUUCAGACACCUACGUAAUACAUUCAUUUCAUACCUACACGAAUAUGAGGUCAUUUAAUAUGCUCCGCCAGCUGGGUCUGGCUCUGUCUUUCUUCGUCGCCUCGUCACAGGCACAAGCACAAGAUGCAAAUAACACAUCUUCAAACGCGACCGCAGGUUCGGUCUUCGUCACGCCAGAACAAAACUUGGCGUUCGCUCUCAACGUUCCGAGCGAAUCCACCACGGACUUGUACUUCUCGCUCAUGAUGACGACGUCAACUAGCUGGGGAGCCAUCGGUCUCGGAUCUCACAUGGCUGGAGCGUUAAUGUUCGUGGUAUAUCCAUCCCAGUCAGGGAACAGCUUGACCAUAUCGCCGCGAAUCGCAACCGGUCACACGGAGCCCGUCUACACGCCCGAGAUCGAUAUCGAGAUGAUGCCGGGGACUGGACGUGACAACAGCACAAAUAUGUUCACCUUCAAUGGGCGAUGUACCAACUGUCGAUCGUGGUCCGGUGGAUCUGGAAAGAUUGACGUCACGAGCAAGAUCCAAAGCAUGAUGUAUGCCACGGGAGAGGACCGCCCUUAUCUUGCGUCCGAUGCGCGGGAUGGCCCGUUGAAAAUGCAUUACAACUACGGCACUUUCACUAUGGACAUGGUACACGCUACGGGGCCGGCAGGCGUUCCGUUGAUCGAGAAUUCGGUAAACAGCACACUAGUUGGUACGGCACAGCGUCUCUCUACAGAAGGCAAAAAGGACAUGGUCGCUAUGGCACACGGGGUUAUCAUGAUACUCGUGUUCGUAGGCUUGUUCCCCUUCGGCACCUUUGUUCUACGCUUCGGAAAUUGGGUCCGCUGGCACGGCAUCAACCAGGCAUUCGGUUUCCUUCUUACGUUCAUUGCUUCUAUUAUGGGGUUCGUCAUCAGCAAGACUUAUAAUAGGUCUAAGAGUUUCAACACGGCUCACCAGGUCAUCGGCCUCUUCGUCUUCAUCUUUCUCUUCGCACAAUUUACGCUUGGCUUCAUGCACCACCGUCAAUUCAAGAAGACGAAGGAGCCGACCAAGUUAGCCCCUAUUCACAGGUGGUUAGGCCGCCUUAUCCUCUCACUAGGAGGUCUUAAUGGAGUUCUUGGUUUCAAACUCGCCGAGUCAGAAGAAUACAUCAUCGUCCUUACAUUCUUGUCACUGGCAAUAUUACCGACUCUGGUUAUCAUCCUUCUCGUGAAGAAGUGCCUCCAAAAGCGGUGGGCAAAGCAGAAGCAAGAGACCGGCUACGACAUGGAACCAUGGCGACGACCGGAUGUUCAGCAGAUUACAUAUAACGUCCCUGCAAUAACACCUAUGACUACGCAAAGACAAAUGCCACCAGGGCAGAAUGCAAGUAUACCUGGCAUGAACUCAUACAUGCCGUAUCAACCACAUAGUAUUAGGACGAAUGACCUUGGGCCGCAGCAACAUGCUCGGGAAUACGUCUAGAGGAGUCAAUGUUGUGUACGAUUGAUGAAUUGGUAGUGUAGCAUAGUACUAGAGGUCAUGUGUGACAUGUCAGUUAUACCAACUAUUCAGGGAUAUG